ACUGCUUGCUUGCUUGUGUCAAGACAGGACAAGACAAGACGACGAACGGACUUGCACACAUACACGCCCUACGUACAGGAGCAUUCGCUUUUGCGGUCGAACGAACGAACGGUCGAACGAAUUGGACAGAGCGGCCCGGACAAGGAAAAAGAAGAAGGCAUAGCGACUGCGACUACGACGACGACAAAGACACCACCACCACCAACAGCAGAAGCCAUGUCUUGGGGUCGCGGCGGCGCAGGAAACAUCGGCAUGGGAGAGGAGGCGAGCAGGCGCGCGGCUGAGGACACCGAAGCCGCCAACCCCGUCGUCGUCUCCCCCACCGCAACCUCGCCUACAACAACCAGCACACCCCAGGAAUACGCGCACAUGGGCCGCGGCGGCGCAGGGAACUACUACUCGCCCGCCACGCUCGCCCAGACGGGCGCCACGACGGACACGACGGCGCACAGCACGCCGACGGCGGAGCCACCGCUCAAGGACCUUUCUUCCAGCACCAGCCCCAACAUUUCCUCCUCCGGUACCACCACGACCACACCACCCACCUCAGCAUCAGCGUCUAGACCCGAAACGCCCCUCGCGCGCACCGGCCGCGGCGGCGCCGGCAACUUCGUCUGGGGCGGCGGCUCGGAGCGGUCGGCGGAGCGCGUGCGCGCGCAGCACGAGGAGCGCAAGCGGCGCGAGGAGGAGGUGCGCGCGAGCGUGCAAGCGGACGUCGAGCGUGGCUUGCCAAGGCCGGGGCGCGCGUUCUUGGGCGAGGGGAGUGGCAAUGCGGCUGCUGAUCCGGCGACGGCGGGGUUGGGUAUGGAUGCAGGAAUGGGGACGGGGCUGGGGAGGGAGCGGCUGAGGUAGGGUUGGUUUGGGCGGGGGUGGGUUGAUAUCCUGGUUUUGGUGGUUUGGGUAGAUAUAGAAUGGCGUGCGGAUGAUUGUAGCUGCAUGGUAUGGCAUGGCAUGGUACCUUAUUGCCAUUGGCAUGCGCGGGAUGCAUGCUAUGACAAGGCAAGGCAAGGCAAGGCAAGGCAAGACAGAACAGGACAGGACAGCAAUAUCACGCGCAAAAA